CAGAACCACCAUGACUGAUUUUCAAAACAAGCGUAGCUCCGCGGAAACUUCCUCCCCGCCGCGCCCCCCCCCUCUCUCUCUCUCUCUCUCUCUCUCACUAGGUCGGUGCUGAAACGCUCUCAAAUUGCACGGAGCCCCACAUGGAUCGGAGGUGGGAUGUCCGAGAAGAUGACUGCUACAGUAGGAAAACCUCCACCGCCUUUGACCGCUCUCUGAAACGCUCUCAAAUUGCAGGGGAGCCCCACAUGAAUCGGAGGUGGGAUGACCAAGAAGAUGACUGCUACAGUAGGAAAACCUCAACCGCCUUUGACCGCUCUCUCAGGAAUUUUACCGAAGACCUAGUCGGCGUAACUAUUCGACCCCAUUAUAUACUCACUCCCAAGCUCCCCAAACCCCCCCUUUUCACCCACCCACCAGAACCCACCUCUAUCUCUCUUACCCAGUUCACUGCCAUUGACAAAGAGUGAGAAUUUCGUUACAUGGACCCAAAAGACGAGAGCCACCCAAAGUCUCCACCAACUUCAGCUGGAUUCGACCCGGAAUCAAUUGGGUUAUCGGCAUUUCGAUCGGAAAUGUCGGAACCGUUAAUGGGUUCUCAGUCGAUUCCUUCGUCCACUUCUCCUCUGAUGGAAUUCGAAGCCUUCUGUUCUGUAAACCCAUUGGGUGCUUUCGACUUCACUGAAAGAGUUUCAAUUCCGACAUCGUCUAUGGGCGGCGGCGAUGCGGAGGACGUGGUUGCUCCGCCGCGGCCUCUGGAAUGUUUGCAGGGCACUCCGGUGCCUCCGUUUCUGUCCAAGACUUUCGAUUUGGUAGAGGACCCGUCGCUCGAUCCGAUCAUAUCGUGGGGCUCCAGCGGCGGCAGCUUCGUGGUAUGGGACCCAUUGGAGUUUUCCAGGCUCAUCUUGCCGAGGAACUUCAAGCACAACAAUUUCUCAAGUUUUGUGCGACAGCUUAAUACUUAUUUAGGAUCGUCCUCCGAGAAAAACAUCUUCCUUUCUGACUAUGUACUGGAGAGGGGAGUUCAUCUUCUGCAGGGGUUUCGCAAGGUUGACCCAGAUAAGUGGGAGUUUGUGAAUGAAGCUUUCCAGAGGGGCCAAAGACAUUUGUUGAAGAGGAUCCAGAGACGCAAGUCACCUCAGUCUCUCCAAAUCGGGGCUUCUGCGGAAGAAGGAAAAUCUGGAGUGGAAGGUGAGAUAGAGACGUUGCAGAAGGAGAGGAGUGUGUUAAUGCAGGAGUUGGUUGAAUUGCAGCAGCAGCACUGGGGCACAGUUAACCAUAUGAAGGUAGUGAAUCAGAGGCUUCAGUCAGCGGAGCAGAGACAGAAGCAGAUGUUUUCUUUCUUGGCCAAGAUGCUUCAGAACCCGGCAUUUAUAGCCCGACUUCAAAUAAAAACUAGGCGGAAAUUUGUUAAGCAUCAGCAGCAUGAACUCGGUAAAUCAGAUUCCACAGCCCUGGAUUCGAAUCCAGUUCCUUUUGAACAAUCUCCUGAUUAUCUUUCACAAGUUAUGACAGGAAAACUGGGUUUAGGUUCAGUAAGCACGCCAUUCCAAUUUGCGGAUCCUGCACUAGAUGAAUUAGCAGCAACACAAGGAUUUCUCAAAACACCAGAGCAAGAGGGUGAAGGGGCAUCAAGCAUGGCAACCGAAGAUCCUUUUUUCAAAGGGAAGAGUGUUCUGAGCCCACAACAAGAGGCUAAUCCCGAGCGUUAUGUCUCUUUCCAGGAGGAUUUGGCGAAUGAAAGGACUUUUCCGGAACUCUUUUCUCCAGGGAUGGAGAUCAUGAUCAAACAAGAAGACAUAUGGAGCAUGGGUUUCGGUGUCAGUGCUGGUCCUUAUCCUCUCGAAGCGCAGCUCGCUUCUGUCGGAGAAACGUGGCAUGAGUAUCGGAUUGCCCAUUCGAGCUCGUGGAAGUCCAGAAAGAACUGUUUUAAGUUUUAACAGGUACAGAAAUUAUAAGUUGGGGGUAUGAAUAUAAGUACCGAAGAAGCGUUGUGGUGUGCGUCAGUGAAGAGGUGCUUUGAACUGCUAGCCUUUCUGAACUUACCUUCUACCUUUCGCUCACCGAUUUGGAGCGCGCAUGGCUCCGACUGCCGUUGUUUAUUAUUUCGAGGAAAACCGACCGUUCAAACUCGAAGCCGGUGAAAUGUGUAGUGUAGAUCGAAGAUUCGGAUGUCCAAUGUCACUAUAACAAGUACAUUAUUUAUGUGCUAUCAUUUGAAUAACUAAGAACUUGUUUGGAUGUGCUUUUAAAAUGACUA